GGCGGUUCUGUUGACAGGAAGCGUGUGAGGCGGAAUCACUACAACCUCUCUGUGCUUGUAGUUUAGCCUGACAAACAGGAUUUCACAUUCGUUCACCCCUCGGAGGUGUGUGGACUUAAAUUAUGCGUUUUAACAUCGAUCCGGAUCAAAGAUGCAAUGGAGGUCAAUAGUAGUUGGUCUGGUCGUAUUGAGACUCUCCCUCAGCUGUGUGCUGUGGCUAGCCUUCGGACUCGGACCCAGCGUUAGCUGGGGGUUCAACUUCCACCUGGGUUUCAGUUUGCACAAAUUAGACUUGUUAUUCAGAGAGGAGAGAGGGACCGACCCGAGGGGCAGCUCGUGGUCUCAACGAAUACACGGGCAGAGAUAUGAAGAGACGGCGAGCACCUGUGCGAAGGUGGAAGAGGAGUCCCUCAAGAGAUCCUACCUGAGCUUCUUCGAUGGCAACAAGGACGAGUACGUCCGCAGAUACCGCACCUUCCCGGACACACUCAAAGCCAAAAUGAAGGACAUGGCCAAAGAAAUGUUCUAUUUCGGAUAUGACAAUUACAUGAAAUAUGCCUUUCCCGAGGACGAGCUGAAUCCCAUUGACUGUGAGGGGAGGGGACCAGACGUGCUAAACCCGUCAAACAUCAACAUAAACGAUGUUCUGGGGAACUAUUCCCUUACACUGAUUGACACCUUAGACACCCUACUGGUGCUCGGCAAUGUGACAGAGUUCCAGAGAGCUGUCAAGCUGGUUAUAGAUACUGUGUCUUUUGACAAAGACUCAACUGUGCAAGUUUUUGAGGCAAACAUCAGAAUUUUGGGAGGCCUUAUCUCAUCUCACAUCCUGCUGACGGACCCAAAACAUCCUUUUGGCAAGGUGGGCUUUGAAGGUUACGAUAACGAGCUGCUUCACUUGGCUCAUGACUUGGCUGUCCGCUUGCUGCCAGCCUUUGAGAACACCAGCACGGGCAUUCCUUACCCCAGGGUGAACCUGAAGACGGGGGUUCCUCCUGAUAGCAUCAAUGAGACUUGUACUGCAGGAGCUGGGUCCUUGCUGGUGGAGUUUGGGAUUUUGAGCCGCUUGAUUGGAGAUUCCACGUUUGAGUGGGUCGCCAGACGAGCUGUCAGAGCUCUGUGGAGCCUUAGGAGCAACGAAACCGGCCUGUUAGGGAAUGUAGUUAAUAUCCAAACCGGCCAGUGGGUUGGCAAGCAGAGCGGUCUGGGAGCUGGUAUGGACUCCUUCUAUGAGUAUUUGCUCAAAUCAUACAUCCUGUUUGGUGAAAAAGAGGACUACAAGAUGUUCCAAGCUGCUUAUGAAAGCAUUCAGAAUCACAUGAGAAGAGGGAGAGAGUCAUGUAAUGAAGGAGAGGGUGACCCACCUCUCUAUGUUAAUGUGAACAUGUUCAGCGGUGAGAUAAUGAACACCUGGAUUGACUCCCUUCAGGCCUUUUUUCCUGGGCUGCAGGUGCUGAAUGGUGAUGUAGAUAAUGCAAUUUGCCUGCACGCCUUCUACUAUGCCAUCUGGAAGCGCUUCGGGGCUUUGCCAGAGAGAUACAACUGGCAGCUGCAGGCUCCCGAUGUGCUCUUCUACCCUUUAAGACCUGAGCUGGUGGAGUCUACAUAUCUGCUGUACCAGGCGACCAAAAAUCCUUUCUAUUUGCACGUUGGAAUGGAUAUUCUUCAGAGCCUUGAGAAAAAUGCCAAAGUCAGAUGUGGGUAUGCCACUCUCCACCAUGUUGUGGACAAAUCCAAAGAAGAUCGUAUGGAGAGCUUCUUCCUCAGUGAGACAUGCAAAUACCUUUAUCUGCUGUUUGAUGAGGACAACCCGCUUCACAAAUCUGAUAACAAGUACAUCUUCACCACAGAGGGCCACGUUGUGCCUAUAGACAAGCUCUUCAGGGAGAAACAGUGGAAUGACUUGUUUCCUUGUGAAGAGGGAGUGCUGACAGAAAGUGAGCCAAACAACCGGCUUAGCAACAUCAGCAAUUGCAACAGGAUCUCAGAGGAGCAGCGGUACUCUCUGCCACUAAAGAGCGCCUACAUGAGGCAGAUCGAUCACAUGGUGGGACUUUACUGAGUUAAGAGGACGCAUGUGGUGACACUGGCAAGAACAAGCCUUUAGCACACACGCCCUCGGGUGCAGAUGCAGUGAGAUUAAAAAGGAUGCCCUGUUGGUCAGAAUCCUCGUCCCGUCUGUUCUGCUGCUGAGGAAACUGACAUGAAGGCAGAACCUGAGAAAGCAACUUUAUCACUUGCUGCAUUAAGUACAAGGCGAACAAUCUUUCUCCUGCAAAAUGAGGAGGUUGUGUAAGUGGUUUUAAAAUUACUAUAUGGAGCAAAAAAUGUUGGUGUGUGUGUGUCUGUGUGUGUGUCUGUGUGUGUGUGUGUGUGUGUGUGUGUGUGUGUGUCUGUGUGUGUGUCUGUGUGUGUGUGUUUGAAAUUACAGCUGAGCUGUGAAUCAUAAUAUUGUGUUUAUGGGAACAGUGCCAUCUAGCCACACAUAUGUAAAAUGCAUAGCCUAUAAAAACACUCACCUCAAAAAGUAUCUCUCUGAACAUGAUGAUUAGUGCCUCUUCUCAGUUUAUUCACUUGACUAGUUCUGUGCUUUCACAUAAGGGCUGCACAUUAACAGAUAACGGCAGUGAGAGAGGUUAAGGGUGACUCUUGCUGUUUUUAAAGUGCCUUCAGUUUUUUCUUCUCCUCUACAGUGCAUAUUAGUUGUGCAUAACAUUGUCAAGUAUUUUUGGAGCCACUGUUGAUAUUGCACAAUUGGCGUCAUUCCAUGUGUAUACAGUUUUACACCGAUUAUGACAUCCACGUUUUUUUUUUAAGACAUGACGAAACAAGCCAUAAAAUGUAUUUUUUAAUGUUAAUGAGUGAAAAUGUGUUUGUUUUCACUAUUUUUUUCUGUCCGACGUAUUUAGUACACAUAGUUUAUUCUUGUUUAGAGUAGAUGGAAGUUGCCAUUUACUGUUUCUCUUUCUGUUUCUCUUAAUUGCACAUCAACAUACCUAUUAAUUGUCAUGUGGUGAGAACUCAGGGUUUAAAUGAAAAACAAAAAUCAAUGAAUGCUUUCAUAAUAAAAUUAAACUUUCUUGAAA